AUGCAACAACAACAAGAAGAUGUUCCACGUCAGAGAAAACGAAGGGAAGUUAUACCACGUAAUCGUGAAGCAACACAUGAUCAGUUGGUUGUUGACUAUUUCAGCGAACAACCAUUGUAUGGUGAUGAUAAGUUUCGACGUAGGUUUCGCAUGCGGAAACCUCUAUUUAUGAAGAUAGUGAACCAACUAAGUGAAACUGAUCGAUUUUUCCAGCAACAUCCAGAUGCUAGUAUGCGUUUGGGUGCUUCUCCAAUACAAAAGUGCACAGCGGCUAUAAGGAUGUUAGCAUAUGGUUGCGCAGCUGAUCAAGUUGACGAGUACCUCAAGCUUAGGGAAACUACAGCUAGACAUUGUAUCACACACUUCGUUGACGGAGUGAUUCGUGAAUUCUCAGCUGAAUACUUGAGGAAACCAACCCCUGAAGAUAUGAAUCGCCUUCUAAUAGAAGGAGAUGAAAGAGGUUUUCCUGUGUUGCAAGCUCGAUUUGCCAUUAUAAGACGUCCUGCUUUGGCAUGGAGUGUCGAAAUGUUGUGGAAAAUUGUUAUGGCGUGUAUUAUCAUGCACAAUAUGAUCGUGGAAGAUGAGCGCGAAAGUUAUCUUAACUAUUGGGAUCCUAAUGAGUUUGCUACUGAACAACUAGAGUAUUUAGCAGGAACUUCAAACCGAAGAGCAACGACUUUCACCGUAACCCCGCGCUACCAAAAUCCCAAUCUUACCACAUUAAUGGCAACACCAAAAAAUCUCCACGAUAAACAAAAUCAUAUGUCACUUAAACAAGAUUUGGUAGAACAUUUGUGGGCAAAAUUUGGGCAUACUAGUAAUCGUUAA